AUGUUUCUGCUUGGGCUAUGGGUCCUGAGCCUGACAGCAGCUGUAUUCUCCCAGACACCUGAGGAUGAAGCCAGGGCCUUUUUGAAAAAAUUUAGCGAAGAAGCUGUGAAUCUGGUCUACAAUUCCUCACUAGCAUCAUGGGAAUAUAACACUAAUAUCACCAAAGAAAAUGCUUUCAAAAUGAAUCUAGUGGGUGACAAAUGGACUGUAUAUUACCAAAAAGCCUCUAAUGAAUCCAGCAAGUUUAACAUCGGUGAGAUAAAGGAUAAAGAAAUCAAAAAGCAGCUUCAGAUGCUUCAGGACAAAGGAUCUGGGGUUUUACCUCCAAAUGACUUGAAGCGUCUGAACCAUAUUCAGAAUGAAAUGGCCGCUAUCUACGGCACUGGAACAGUCUGCUACCCAUCUGAACCCUCUCAAUGUAUGGAACUGGAGCCAGGGUUGACUAAGCUGAUGGCCAACAGCAAGGAUUACAAUGAGAGACUCUGGGCCUGGGAAGGUUGGCGAGUUAAUGUGGGGAAAAGACUGCGACCGCUCUAUGAAGGAUAUGUAGAGUUGAAGAACAAGGCAGCAAAAAUGAAUGGCUAUGAAGACUAUGGUGAUUACUGGAGGGGAAACUAUGAAACCGACGAUGAUGAAGAAUAUGCAUACAGUCGGAAAGAUCUCCUGAGAGACGUAAAAAGCCUGUUUGGAGAGAUAAAGCCUCUGUACCGAGAACUCCAUGCAUAUGUGAGAGCAAAACUGGGAGAUACGUUUGGACCUGAGCAUAUCAGCUCAACAGGAUGUCUCCCUGCUCAUCUAUUGGGUGACAUGUGGGGAAGAUUUUGGGGAAACCUGUAUUCUUGGUCAAUUCCAUAUCCACACCAAGAAGACAUCGAUGUGACACCUGAAAUGGUCAAACAGGGGUGGAAUCCAAAAGAAAUGUUUCAGAAGGCGGAUGCAUUUUUUCAAUCUUUGGGCCUUCAAGCUAUGAAUGAUAAUUUCUGGCAUUAUUCCAUGAUCGAGAAACCUACUGAUGGCCGUAAAGUUGUCUGCCAUCCAACAGCAUGGGAUAUGGGCAAUGGUGCGGACUUCAGGAUCAAAAUGUGCACUGAAGUUAACAUGGAAAACUUCUUAACUGUCCACCAUGAAAUGGGUCAUAUACAGUAUGACAUGGAGUACGCAAACCAAACUUACUUGUUCCGAGAUGGGGCCAAUGAAGGUUUCCAUGAAGGUGUAGGGGAAAUCAUGUCCCUCUCAGCAGCUACCCCCCUGUAUCUGAAGUCAUUGGGUCUUCUUCCAGACUCUUUCAUUGAAAAAAAUGAGACUGACAUCAAUUUCCUAUUGAAACAAGCACUGACAAUAGUGGGCACUCUACCUUUCACGCUCAUGAUGGAAGAGUGGCGUUGGAAAAUGUUCCAAGGAAGAAUACCCAAAGACCAGUGGAUGAAAAUGUUUUGGGAAAUGAAACGAGAGAUGGUCGGUGUUGUCGAACCUCUUCCCCAUGAUGAAACCUACUGUGAUCCAGCUGCUCUGUACCAUAUUUCCAAUGACUACUCCUUCAUAAGGUACUACACAAGGACAUUCUACCAGUUCCAGUUCCAUGAAGCGCUGUGUAGAAAGGCUAAGCACAGUGGUGAACUGCACAAAUGUGCUAUCACCAACUCCACCAAAGCAGGCAAAGCGCUCAGGGAUAUGCUUAGAUUAGGAAAGUCUCAAUCCUGGACCAGAGCACUUCAGCUCGUAACUGGAGAAACUAAAAUGAAUGCCGCACCUCUGCUCAAAUACUUUCAACCCUUGUAUGACUGGCUGAAGAAAAAUAAUGCAGAGAACGGUCGAAUGAUUGGUUGGGACACCACCUGGAGCCCAUAUAUAAAAGAUGCAAUUAAAGUACGGAUUAGUUUGAAUGCAGCCCUUGGAGAAAAUGCUUACACCUGGGAUGCGAGUGAGAAAUAUUUUUUCCAAUCCACAGUCGCCUUUUCCAUGAGAAAAUACUGGGAGGAAUACAAAAACCAGCUUAUUGACUUUGUGGCAGAAAACGUUUAUAUAUUUGAUGAAACAGAAAGGAUCUCUUUUUGUUUCAUUGUUCUGGAGUCAACGAACAACAUGAAUAUUAUUCCAAAGGCAGACGUGGAGCAAGCUAUCAGGAAGAACAGAGACCGGAUCAACAAUGCAUUUCUGUUAACCGAUGACACGCUAGAGUUUCUUGAAAUUUCACCGACUCUGGCACCAAGGAUUGAACCCCCAGUGACAGUCUGGCUAGUUGUGUUUGGAGUUAUCAUCAGCCUGGUUUGCAUUGCAUUGGUUACCUUGAUUGUUAGUGGAAUAAGAACAAGAAAAAGGAAGGCACGAGCACAAGAACCAGAGGAAGAUAAUAAUGAACUUCAAAAAACAGAUGAAACACCUGGAACAAAUGAUGAGGAGAUUGUGAUUGAGAAAGGGAUAAAGAACGAAGCUUUCAUCACAGAAGAGCAAUUGAACACGGAGAUGUAAACCCACCAAAUGCCCAAACCUUUUUGUUCUCUAACCCCAGACUUAUCCCUAGACUAUCUUUGGACUCAUGGAAA